UGUUGCAGUAUUCUAUUAUGUCUCUUAUUAGGUGGCAGUUGUUUGUUAUAGACCUACCCGGGAUUCCGCAUGUUUGGUUGCUGUGGAUGACUUGGUGUAGGUGUGGUUUGAUGCGAUUGCAGAGUGUUUUGGUGAGUAUUUUGUAGUCUGUGUUGAGGAGUGAUAUGGCCACGGACCUUCAUACCUGGAUGAGUGACUCUCCUUCGCUGCCUCUUUGCCCUAUCAUUGAAGUUCGAGGCUUGACAAAGAAGCCCACUCAUUUCCGUUUCCUAUUUCAAAAUGGCCGAUCUCCCCAUCAUCGAACAGAUUCUAGAAAAUGAAAUCGAACUCUGUUGUGCUGUUAAUAAGAAUGAGAUGGCAUCAUCUCAAAACAUACAGUUGAAAGAGCUUGACUUGGAAAUAAUUGACAGUGUGUGCACGUCACUGUCACAGAACUGCGUGUUACACAGUGCAAGAGAUUUCUUCAAGCAAGCAUCAAGAUCACAGCUGCUUGACAAGAUGGGAUUUUUGAAUGCCUGCUUGGUGCACAAGACAAAACUUCCCCAUUCUGACAGAAAAAAGUCAUGGGGAAACUUCCAUAAGGCAAACAUUCAAAACAUGGGAGCAUUGAACAGCGUGACAGGAUCUCCAAUGAUAUCAUCGUGGUUAACUUUACGAUGCUUUGAAUGUUUACUUAACUGUUGUGUACUGAAUGUGACGAUAAAAUUGUGUUUGCCCAUCAGGUAGGGCAGCAUAUUCUUGCAGUGAACUUUCAGUUACCCCAGUGCAAAUCGACAUGACCUGCAGCUCCUGCAGAAAUGUACUUAGCCUUUUUGACUCCAGGUCUGUCGUCAAGCGUGGAGCAGGCACCCCAAGAACCUGAAAACAUUAUCUAAAUGUUCAGUUUUUUUUUUUCAAAUUGCCCAAACUAUUCCUAUAAAGUAUUAGUUGUACAUAAAAAAUAACAAAUAUACAACAAAAAUAAAUAUGUUAUCUGAUCAAAAUAUAAUCCAGUCAAUAAUAAUUAUGAUAAAACUAAAUAUUAAUUUUAGGUAGAUAAUGUCUGCCUCUUUUGAAGUGAUAGAUCAGAGGCAAUAACUUUUGUUACCUCAUAAUAGCAGAAUUUUUUUUCUUUAGUAACCUUUACAUUGUGAAGAAUUUCUAUCAAUUAAAAGAUUAACAAAACAAAUUUAAACCAUGUCCAUCUACAAUACAUGUUUUAUAAAAGAAAUGACGGAGGUAAAAAUGUGUUUCAACAACAGCUUACCUUCACAUAAGCUUGUGUGUUGUUUUCGGCUCUCAACUCGACAAUAAUUUUCCAUACAUAUUCGGUCUCUGAUGAAACCCCAAUCUGAACAUUUGCUGGAGUGUUUACUUUGAUUAUCCAUGGUGCUUGAAUUUUAUUUAAAUCUUUCUUGAUGUCUUCAAAGUUUUUGUAGAACACACGUUCUGGCAAUGGAGGUUGUUCUCGUUCAGUCUGUAAAAGAAGACAGCUGCAGUUACAUUCAGCGAUAAAAUUUAUUUUAAUAUUUUUUAAAUCACCUUUAUCUUUUCAUUGCUCUCCUAUAAAUAAAGAGGUAGUACCUGGCCUUUAUUUUUAAUCUCACUUUAUACUGUUAUGUAUUAUACAUUUUAUAUUAUAAAGACUAAAUAAAUGAGCAGACAAAU